AGUCAAGCCAAAACAACUAAAUAAACAAACAACUAUAAAUCAUAAAAUAAAAAUUUAAUUUCGUGGACCAGCUCAUCUCGUUUUCCAUCACGCUUCCCUCUAUUUGUUUAUUUAUAACCAUAUUUUCUUUCUCCACCCAAUCACAAUCUCUCGAAUCCGUGUCUCUCUCUGUUUUGAGUUGUGUUGUGUUUUGCUCUCGUUCAUCUCAGGACUUGAUUCACUGAAUCUCAACCAUGGCUGAUGCUAACGGCAACGCCAUUGAGGCCAACGUGGUGGAGACGAAAGAUGGAACCAUUUCUGUGGCUUCUGCUUUUGCUGCGCAUCAAGAAGUUGUACAGGAUAGAGACCACAAGUUCUUAUCACAGGCAGUUCAGGAAGCUUAUAAGGGAGUUGACAGUGGCGAUGGAGGGCCAUUUGGUGCAGUUAUUGUUCGUAAUGAUGAAGUAGUUGUGAGCUGUCACAACAUGGUUCUGACACAUACUGAUCCAACUGCACAUGCGGAGGUUACUGCUAUAAGAGAGGCAUGUAAGAAGCUGAAUCAGAUAGAGCUGUCAGAUUGUGAAAUAUAUGCAUCUUGUGAGCCAUGUCCAAUGUGUUUUGGUGCUAUUCAUCUAUCAAGACUUAAGAGGUUGGUUUAUGGAGCCAAAGCUGAAGCAGCUAUUGCAAUUGGAUUUGAUGAUUUCAUUGCCGAUGCAUUGAGGGGCACUGCAUUUUAUCAGAAGGCUCACUUGGAGAUCAAGAAAGCUGACGGCAACGGUGCAAUGCUUGCUGAACAAGUUUUUGAGAAAACAAAGGCCAAGUUUGCCAUGUAUUGAUCUCUCAUUAUGAAAAUUGCACAAUAACUGGUCGAAAACUCUCUGAUUUUAAGACAUUGCUCGUACAGAUUCAGUUCAAAGAAAUUUAUGAUUUCGGUACCAGUUGCAUCAAUAAUGGAUUUUCAUUACAUUCUCCGCU